AUGUCGGUCACAAGCAAAACUGGUCUUCUCUUGAGUGCGAAAACUCCAACAUGCAAAAGAGUCAAGGAGCCGAAACCAAUCGAGUUCAAAAACAUCGCAACGCCAGCCCCAUUCAUGCUGCGGCCUUUUGCUGGACUUUACAAUCCGUUCCCCUACGGCUGUUCCGUGCUCUGCAACCAUCCAGCAGAUUUCGAAGCAAAAGGCAUUGUCAAAAGAGCGAAACUUGCCUGGGCGCAGGAGUUGAAGGCCGGAGGUUUGGAGAGUCGUCGCCUGGAGAGGCUGGAGUCGGAGGGGGCGCUGAGGGCGCUGGGGGCGCUGGACUCGGGGGAGCUGGGCGCAGUCCCGGACGAGCUUUUCCGGCGCUACACGGACACGGACUCGCGCGCCGCGACGCCGGCCCCGACGACGACGAGCAUGCUCACCGGCAGCGCCGGCGGCGACGUCCACGGAGGGCGACGCUGCGUCACCCCGGACCCGAGCCUCGACCCCGCUGCCCCCCAAGAGAGGACCUGCCUAGUCCUCGACCUCAGGCGCAGUCAAAGCCACGAAACGCUCACCUGGCCACAGGAAAAAUUUGAGCAGUCAGAAAAGGCAAUGCGCUCUCAAACGAGGUCGCAGACGCCCAGCUCUCUGAGCAGCAAAUCAAGAGUGAGCUCAAAAAAAUCCAAAAAGAGCGCUCCGACAAAAGAAACUCCAGAAAAGGCCCCUCCGCAAAAAGCAGCCCCGGUUCCCGAUGUCAUUAAAGCUCACAUUAAAAUGGAGAAUGAUAAGUUGAACUCGCAGCUUCAGCUACCAUCAACACCGACGAACAAAGAUCAAGGAGGAGCCAGUGAUAAGGAGGAAGAGGAAAGUCUGGUGAGGAGAAGAGGCAAGCCGCGAAAGAAACGUAACAAACACUCGCAAGGCGACAUGUCAUCAGAGUUAAAUCAAGAAUUCAAAGGGCUCGCUGAACCAGGAGAAACGCAGGUUAUUGUAGUUAAUAUUAUUUGGAAAGAUACUUACAGAAAAAAAUCUCAUGGAAUCCAUUCCUGA